AAUAUGUCAACGAUCAAGUCGAAAAAUUCCACGGGCAGGACCUUCAAUGUUCUAAAUGCAAACGUUCCAAGCUGGGACAUAUGUCUCGAGAAUGCAAUUGUGGUGGAGAGUAUCAGCUUACGUCUAGGACAGAGGAGCUCGUAAAAUUGAUUGCGCGCAUCGAGAAUUUUGUAAAGGAAAAGGAAAUGAAACUAUUGAUGGAGACAUGCGAAUGGUUGUUGAACAAUUGA